GCAUUUCCGGGAAAUUGACUCGAGUUAUUUCACACAAUGAUCACACCGUAGUUUAUGAGUCUUGUUCUGUUUCAGUUUUACAAAACCAGUGAGGUACUGUAGUGAAAUGAAUAACAUGCGGACUGUGCUGAUUGCUGUACAGGUUAAAUUUAUCCUUUGUAUUCUCAUAGUGUUCGAUGUUUUCCUAUCCCAUUGAAGUACUCUGCCGAUAACAGGGGAACACAUUGCAAACAACCAAAAAAUCCCGAACUAUCCGCGUGUUGGUGACUAAUUUGAACUUCAUUUUAAAAAUGUCUGCAGAAAACCUUUUGCUGGUUCAGAUACCAGGGAAUGACCAUACCUCACUUCGAGUUCCAGUAGUGACAAAGAGCCACUUACAAAUGAUGGAUGAGCGUAUAUCCAACCAGGAAAGGACUAUUGCAACACUCCUGGAGCAAGCUUUUCGGAAUAAAGAAGACAUCAUUACCCAUUUGAGAGGAAACCAGAGCCACUACCCAGUCGAGAAAAUAUCCCAACAGCUUUUUGAAAACCACAUACAAGUUAUAACAAGUAUUCUCAAACAACUAAGUACAGACAUAGAGAUUCUAGAAGAACAGAUUAGGAGGCGUGAUGGUGUGACUACAGGGACUAGCUUUGCAAUUCAGAGUCUGAACCACAAACAUUUGCUUGGUAUUGGAGACCUCCGUGGAAGAGUUGCCAGGUGUGAUGCCAAUAUCUCCAAACUAGCUGGGGAUGUCAGUGUAACCAACAAUGAGAUUCAAAAAGUAAAGAAAGAUGUUCAAGAUGCCAAGUCUUCCCUCCAAGAGCAAAUGAAAGAAUUGGAAAUUAAGGUGACACAACUGCUGAGAAAUAUAGAUAACUCUAAAUGCGAACACAAUACAAGCUUAAAGACCGUACGAGGAGAGCUACAACAUGAACUACAAUGUCUAGAUUUCAAGAUUACGACUGCACUGACUGAGGUGCAUACACAGAUGCAAAAUCAUCAGAAAUGGGCAGAAUACAAACUGGAUAAAACAGAAAUUGAAAAAAGACAGAGAGGAGACCACUUCUUGCAAGUUAUGCAAGAGAAAGCCGAACUGAUGGAAAAGAAUAUACUGGACAGACUUAAUCAUAUCUCUUUGAGACUAGAAAAGCUUGAAAAUCGACAAAGCCUUGAUAUUGAAUCCAACAGAAUGAAGUACAGUGACAUGAAAAUCAAUGCAAAGCUUGCUAAAGUAGAAAAGACUAUUUGGCAUGAGUUAGAAAGCAUAAAGAACGAAUAUAGAGAAGGAUUUCAAUCCAUUAUGGAAUCAAUUAAUUCACUGAACAAGAUCAGUGAAAAGAAGAUAGAAAUUGACAAAGAGAAGAUCCAGAAAGACUUGAAACAGAUCAGGCGGCAGAUAAUUAAUCUUAAAAGCUAUCCAUAAGCUGGCAUAAUAAGAUCUAACAGAUAUCUGGAAUCAACGAAGACAGGAAGUCUGUCGUGGGAUUCAAUCAGACAUCAAUCCUGCAAACAAUUUAUAUUUAUCUGAGCUUCAAAAUUGAAUUCACUGCUGAAGUAGGAUUUACAGUUCUAAAUUCAUGCGAUGAAACUGGUUAGGAUUAUCUUCCUCAAAAAGAAUCAAUAUCUUCUUAUUUUCCAUCAUGAAAUACCAGUGACUCUUAUCAAAGAGCAGAAUACUCUGGCUGCAGAUCCACUAUUCACUUCAAGUGUAACUGUGAUGACUAGAAAUUCAGAUAUAGUGAUUUUUGAUUUUCAGGUGUUUUUCCCUAAAAUUAAAAUAGAAAGGUAAAUGCUCCAGAAAGCUGUCAGCAGUGGUCAUCAGUGAGAUCAAUUAGGCUUAGUAUAUGAGACUUUUACUGGCAACUUUGGUUAUUAAAACCACUUCAGUGUCUGACCUAAUGAGAUUACAUUCUUGAAAGUGAUAUAUUAUUGAUGUGGGAAAUGCAAAAUUGCACAGCAGCAGAUGCUAGACUAAAUCAUGAAAGAAAAAUGAUGAACACUGGAAGAAUGAUUUCCAAUUUUAUUCUUUAACCCUCAUUGUUCACCUAAAACUAUUGAUGUUAGUUGAGUAAAAUCAAUUUAGAAAACAUUCAUUCACGUGAAUAAUUUUGAAACAUAUCCAUAUGAUGUUUGUUGUGUGUAUAUUGUUCGU